UAAUACAGCGCUCUAACUUGCUGUGAGCGGGAAACCGUUAGCAACUACCUCUACUGCCGUGUUUGCUUAAGUAGAUGAAGCUCCUUACCCACAAUAUGCUUUCUUGCCAUAUUAAGGGAGUAAGGAGCGGUUAUCCUUUCCUCAUCGAGGUCGUGAAGGUGUCGGAGCACGAAGCCGACUUUGACACAGACUUCUUGAAGCACAUUUUCCCCCGAAUCAACUGGCCCGCCUUCUUACAAGGAGCUGAAGCGAUGGGCUGCAGGGAGGGCCUCCCAGAGGCGCCCAAUGAGUCCGCCUUGGAGGACGAGCAAUUCCAAAAGGCCUUCCACCACGCGCUGCUCGAGGUGACAUUGGAGGAGGGUUCGUUGAUCUGUCCGGAGACUGGCCGCAAGUUCCCCGUGUCCAAGGGGAUACCCAACAUGUUGCUGAACGAGGACGAGUGCUGAGCUGGAGCCCCCCAGACAGCGCCGUGACCAAACCCUCUUCCCUCGCGCGUUCCACUGUUUUGCGUUUCUUGGACUUGGACUUCGUAUUUACCGUGCUGUCCUUGCGUGGUGAGGUAUGCGGGUUGUGUUUGGAGGUGUUUGGGGAGUGUGUAGGACUGCAUGGGUUUCAGCAUAGACCCCAGAGCCCUGGCGCAGCGUUGUGUGAUGGUAACGGGUAGCGUAGAAGAUAAGCAUGCAUGAACUUGGACUGGGUCCUUUACUAACGGCUGCCGGUUCCCUCGUCUGAGUGUGUGUAUUACAGCAACAGGGUCAUAAACAAUACAGAGAUUGUCUAAUAUUGACAAUCUGUUGGGGCGCAACGGGCCAUGCAGUCGAUCUGUGGGAUUGGUGGAUGGUAAAAUAGCUCUUACAUGGUCAGCUAUGACGUUGAUUGAGGAAGGGGAUCCGGAGCUAAGGAGGUUGCAAUCCAGAGUAGUGCCUGCGGACCCACGGAAGGGGGUCACACGGGCUGUGCUGUGGUAUCGGAAUGGGGAGAAGGCGGCGGGUGUGUGCAUGUCUCAUACACACAACGCAAGAAGCAAGGCCUGCUGCUGGGAGAGAGACGCUCCCGAUCUCGGGAGGUCCGUCCCCGAGAUGCAGAGGCUGUUGGACCUCGCACUUGCGACGGUGUUGUGAUGUUUUGUGACAUUUGAAUACGGGUUUACGGAUGUAGGCAGCAGCAGCAG